AUGUCAACUAUCUGUCAGAUACCAAACAUUCCGGGUCAAGAAGAUCGCGUUACCAUGAAACUGGACGUGGCACACACGGAACAUAGCCACCUGAUUGGUCGGAGUGGUCAUUGUGUCAAGGCCAUGAUGCUUGACACCUCCUGCCACAUCCACUUUCCAGAUUCAAAUCGUGCUCCAAAUGUUGUUGAGAAGAGCAAUCAAGUCUCGAUUUCUGGAAGACCAAAUGAUGUUGAACGAGCUAGAAAACGAAUUAGACAAAUGUUGCCGCUAGUAUAUAUCUUCACAAUCCAGAACACCUCUUCACAAGCGUUGACUCUCUACCGUGCUUCCUACAUCGUCCAGCACCUUGAGGUGAAAUUUUCCGUGGAGGUGACCUAUCGACAUUACUUUGCCUUUCCCCUAGCUGAUCUCAUCUUCAGAAACCACCCAGCGGCAAAAUUCCUUGCUUCAAGUAAUACCAUCGUCGUUUCUGUUCGUGGACUGGCGUUCUUCUCUCAGCAAGUCACAGAAGCAACCAGUAUACUACUUGAACAUCAUUUUGGAAAAGUGGCUGAACACAAGAACGUCUGGAUGACUACAGACAUCGAGCCCAAACACCAGCUUGCUAUGUUAAACCAGGCCUCCCCACGAAAUCUAGCCGACAUCAUCCACGAUUCUACCGGAGCUCGCAUCUGGUUUCCAUCAGGAUCUUCUACAAAUUCCGUCUUGGACAUGCUUCAACAACAGCAAUCAUUCAACAAUCAGCUACCGAUCUCUCCUCGUCGAAGUGGAUUUUACGCUCCUCGCUUGUGCCCCAACCCAAGCCUUAUAACCACCUCAUUCUUGAGCUUAUUUCAAAGACCGGAAGCUCGUACCAUGAUUACCAUAUAUGGGAGCGUUAAUGAAUGCUUCAUGGCUCGAAAAACACUUAUGAACCUUCUCCCAGUGUCUCUGAUUGCAGAAAUGUCAAAUGAAGAAGCCUUCAUCCUUUCCCGAAUGGACUUUUCCACCUUCAAAUCAGCUUACGACGUCACCAUUUCUUUCCGUUCUAAGGCCCCCUGUGAGGAAUAUCAAAAUGCAGAUCACAGAGCGACGCUUGAUAACUUGGAGGGCGUUCAUCAUAGUCUCGAUUCUGUAUCAAUAACCCAUUCAUUACUGCCAACUUCCACCUUAAAAGAACGUGAAAGGAAUAGUGAAUUCGAGAAAUUAAUAACAAAUAGAGGGUUGAAAAGGUCGCUAAAUCAACUUCAUGGACGCCCUGGUCUCUCCGCUUGGUCGGAAAGCAAUUCCAGUCCUUCGCCAAAGUCGCCUUUCAUGUCACCUUUCCAACCAACAUUUCCUUCAAAUUUACCUCUGGAUAGCUCAGAGGUGUACUCUCGGAAGUGCGAAGGCUUCAUGUUACCAAGGAAUGAUGUCAAGGUAAGGUCUUCUGAAGAAACGGAUUUCCUUGGUGGCAUUUUCGAGAAGUUCUCGCUUUCACCUAAAGAUUCUGACGGAACCUCUCUUCAUUGUCAGCGUGGAUUCGAUGAGACUCUGAAUCGAUUUGAUUCAAUGCUGCAUCUCGAAAGGAAAGAUCAGAGGUAUUCUCAAAUUGUACAACUAUCAGACUGGAAGUAG